AUGUCGAAAUUUUUGGUCGUCAUUGCAAACAUUGAAAACGGUGAUACAAUUAAACUAUCUCCGUAUUUCUUUACCCACGGCGGUGAGCGUUAUGAGAUAGCAGAGUAUGAGGUUUUAGACUCCGACGGUCCGUUCUCAACUGAUAAUAAAAUUGUGGAACAGAUUCAUCUGGGAGCUGAGGGAAAAGAAUAUCAGCGAAGAAGAGAAACUACUUUGGUAGAGGUUGCCAACCACAGUGGAGCCUCUUUACGAAAUGCAACAAACCGACAAAACACGGGUUCCAAUUCUCAACGGAAUGGCAACACCAAUCCAACUCACUUGCAGCUAACCAAGGCUCAUCCCUGGUUGGUCUAAGUACAUCCGCAUCAAAGCCCAGUCCAAGUUUCUCUGACUCCCUGGUUAACGCUAGUACAUGUACAACAAAGCCUAACCCAUCUGUCUCCCUGGUUAACUCAAAUAUACCUACAUCGAAGGCCAACGGCAGUUUACCUCAGGUUUACCCAUGUGCACCCAACUCCAAAGCCAACCAAAAUACACCCAAAUCCCAGGUUGACCAAAAUGCAUCUGAUUCCAAGGUUUACCAAAUUUCAUCCGAAUCCCAGGCCAACCCAAGUGGAUCCACUCCUAAUGAUCACGAGGGACCAAUGGAUACAGAAGAUAGUGAUCUUCACUCUCCUGGAGAUUACGAAAGAUUGAGUGGUAGACCUGAAAACGCCACCUCUGCAUCUCAACCUGGUACUUCCUCCGGUAGCCAAGCAGAUCCAGACAAAAAUAAGAAUGGUAAUGAAGAAACACCGUCUGAUCGCGAUGUUGUUUUGAAGCAAAUUUAUGAUCAUCUCAAAAAAUGGUUUGGUAUUCAAUCCGAUUCGAAGUUCAAAUUCGAAAAAUCUAAGGAUAUUCCUGGUGCCAUCGAAAUCAGUUUUAAGCAUAAUUACAGAUACUGGAUGGUUCGUUUUCCUGACGAUUUUCCUACCAAGCCUGCAAAAUUAUUUUAUUCUUCCUGGGAAGCCUCCGUGCGUUCUCAUGAAUGUUUCGACUCUGACAUUGUUAAACCACUGAACAACGAAGUCGAUAUGUUGCUUACAAUAAAGAAUAUAUGCCGUGGAUGUAAGGUCUGCAAGCAUUUCAUAAAAGAAUCGCUUCCUCAGUCUGAUUUUAAACUCACGCUCUAUGGAGAAGCUUGCAGUUCCCCUAAAUAAACUUGUGAGUGAACUUACAACGAUCUUCAGUGAUGUGACUGCUUUAAAUGUGAAUCAACCCUUAGAGAACAGUCACGCCAAAAUAACAUUCAAGCACGGACAUUGGCGUUGGAUUAUUAAUCUUCCAGCUCAAUUUCCUGAAAUACCUGCAAAGGUUUCUUAUUUGUUCCAUGAGAAAAGUUCCCAGGAACAUGACGCGUUAUUGUAUGAAAAAUAUUCAUGUGGUCCACAGGAUUUAAAUACGUCAAAACUGAUCAUUAAAGCUAUUCAUACCAACUGUACUUGUAGAAGAUGUUUGGACAUAUGACGGCAAUAUCGAUGAUGAAAAUACUUUAACGGAGUAUCUAUAAUAACGCUAUUUGCUACAUUAGUCGUAUUUUAUAAUUUUUAAAACAUUACAUGUAGAAUAAUAACAAAGAUCUCCAUUAGAAUUUGUGACUAUGGAGGUGAAUAUAUAUAAUAAACGAAGUAGUCUUCGAGUUUGAAUUGAAGAUGAAUUUUAUAGAUCAAGACGGGUUAAGUCUGCACGGCCGUAGCUCAAAACUACACUCUGGAUGAAACCCAUCUUUUGCAAGCACUUUUGAAUGUGGGCAUAACUUUUCAACCCUACGAACAGGAUUUAUCUUAUCCCAAGUUAUUGAGUUCAAUUUGCCCCCAUAUAACUUGAACCAAAUUACCCGCUGAUUCAAUGAUUGUUUGAUUGACUUCAUUGAUCAACUUCAUUGAUUAUUUGUUUGUUUCACUUCAAGUUAAAAAUAUAAUUGCCCAGCAAAUAAUUCGUAAAAGAGGCAUAUUAAAAAGACAUUUGGUAUGUAAAAACAUUUAUUGAGUAACGUUUCGUCACAUUACAAGACUUAGUUAAGUUAAAUACAGUUGAGCUAUUUCAUCUAUUUUAUAACACAUUUUAAAAAAAGUAUAUGAUAUACAAUUGCAAACGGUUAAAAAGUUAAAAGUAGAAAGAUGCAAUGUUCAUGGUAUAUUCAUAUGUAUAAACAAGAUACUGAGAUUAGUGAAAGAUAUAGAUUAAAAAGGUAUGUCAAAAGGUUAGCGUCAGUGUUAAAAUAAUUGAUUGACUUCAUGGAUUGACUGAUUCUUUUAUCUCAAAUUGAAACACACCCAUACUUUAGUUAUAAAACAUUCAAUUCUGUUCAUUAUAAAUUAAAUUUUUUCAAUGGCAAGUACACUUCUAAUUCCUUUGAAAAUUAAAACACUAAAAAGUAAAGUAGACCAAUGUAUCACAAUAUAUCUUGUAUAAUAUAACAGCAUGGCAUCAAACACUGAUUCUUGUGUACUCCAUUUUCCUGGAACUAAAUUAGGUUUUUCCCAGUAGAAAAGAUCGUAUUUUUCUUUGUAAAACCACAGGUGGUAUACUGUUUAGUUUAUGUUAUGUAAACGAUUUUAAAACUGCCAAACAACCAAUAUUUACCUUGUAUAAGAGUAAAAUAAAGUAAUUGAGUUGUAUUAAGUCGAGAUUGAGGAAUACUCCUUAAUGACAAACUUUGUUAUUAGCAUAUUACACGUGUCAAGGAAUAUUUCUCCACUUGGUGCACAUCAAAUAGCCAUCGGGUAAGUAAAUUUGUUUAUUCAACUGUAUUUUACUUUUUGCAAGGUACAUUUUGUUUAUUUGGUUGUUUUAAAAUAACUUAUACAUGACAUAAACUAAUCAGUGUACAACCGGCCUGCUUGUGGUAAAACGUUACAAAUUAGAAGCCUAUAUAACUUAUAGAUACAUGAUUUUGUUAAAGUUUGUCUAGUAUAAUUACAUUGUGAUUUAUGUAAAUUUAGCCGCCAAGUGAAUAUAUAUAUAAACUUACAAGGCAGUUCCACUUUCAAUAAUACGUCGCAGGAAUUCAGCACUGAGAGCUAUCUUAACUUAAACUUGCAAUUGUCUUACAAAAGUAAUGUCUGUGCCAAAAGCGAACACAAGGUAUGAAAAAUAGAUCUAUUUAUCCCAGUUAGAAUUGGUCAUUCGGGAUGGAAUUGACGGCAACUCUCGCUCGGCUCGUGUUGGUCGCUCCGUCAAUGACGGACACAUGUUAUGCCAUAUCGGAGAAUGGCGUUCCCACCACAGUCUGAUUUUAGACAAACCCAGUGCUGAAGACGAAAUCACAAUCAGACGUAACUUCCCUCGAGGCACGUCGAAAUUUUUGGUCAUCAUUGCAAACAUCAGAAACGGCGAUACAAUUAAACUGUCUCCGUAUUUCUUCACCCACAGUGAGCGCUAUGAAAUAACUAAGUAUGUGGUUUUAGAAUCCGACGGUCUGUUCUCAACUGAUGAUAAAAUUGUGGCAGAAAUUAAUUUGGGAGCAGAGGGAAAAUAAUGUCCGCAAAACAAAACUAAUCAUGCUAGAGCCUCUUUAACAGUUACCAAAAAAACCCCACGAAACACGCGCUCAAAUUCUCAAUGGAAUGACAACACUUGUCCCACUUAUUCGCAGACUGUCUCGAGAAAUUCCCAUAAAAACCCCCGAAACACAGACUCGAGUACGCAACGGGAUAACAACACUAAUUCGACUACCCAAUCGCAGGCAACCGCGACGAAUUCCUCUACAGAGAAGGCGGCUAAACCCACACCGAUGGAUACAUCUGAUUCUCUGGAAGAUCGUCCAACCCACCCGACCGGCCGUGCUUCGUAUCAAGCUAGAAAUAACACACCUGAAGGAAGCACACCUCAAAACCAAACUUCGAGUAGUAGCCCAGAUGUGGUUACAACGAAAGAAAUUAUCUUGAAGAAAAUUAAGGAUGGGCUUGAGAAAUAUUUCGGCAGCGAAGGAAAAGUGGAUAUUGAACGUACCAGUCAUGGUGAUUUACAAAUGACAUUCAAACAUGACGCAAAAUACUGGAUGCUUCGCUUCCCUGAAACCUUUCCAAAUCAACCUGCGCGACUUUCCUGCGCAUACAAUCCUGAAAGUUUAUCAAAAAUGUCACCAAGCUCUGAUUAUUUUCUAGUGAAACCUCUUACCAAUCAUGUCAAUGUACUGCUGUCUAUCACGAAAACUUGCUAUGGUGAAUUUUGUAAGAUUUGCAAAAAUAUCACUAAAGAAAAUUUAGCCAAGCCUGCUGCUGCAGUGCCCCCAGAUAACUGA